UGCCUCUCCGGCUCUCUCUUGUAUGUUGGCUUCAUCCUUUCAGGGCAACUUCUGUAAAAGGCAGAAGGUGUAGCUCUCAUCCACAGCCUUCUCAACCACAGGAGAAAGCUUCUUUCCCUAAGCUGAAGUUUUAAAAAUGCCAAAAAAGAACUCUGAUUGUUUCAGCUAAGAUCACGUGUCCAGUUCUGGACCAAUCGCCCUGGCCGGGAGGGUGGGGAGCCAUGCUUGUCCCAGUUUGAGUAAUGCAUACAUCCUGUGGGCCAGACCACAGAGAUGAGGUAGCCGAGAUGGUCUCACGAUGGCAGCCCCUGCUAGAACUAGCCAGUUGCCAUGGGAGGAGGAACGCGUCCCCGAAAAGACUAACUGCGAUGUGCUGGUCCUAGCUGCUGUCUGAGAGGAUGUCUGGGGUGUCCGAGCCCCUGAGCCGAGUGAAGGUGGGCACGUUAUGUCGGCCGGAAGGUCCCCCAGAGCCCAUGGUGGUGCCAGCAGACGUGGAAAAGGAAGAUGUGCGGAUCCUCAAGGUCUGCUUCUAUAGCAACAGCUUCAACCCUGGGAAGAACUUCAAACUGGUUAAAUGCACUGUGCAGACUGAGAUCCGGGAGGUCAUUGCCUCCAUCCUGCUGAGCGGGCGGAUCGGGCCCAACAUCCAGCUGGCUGAGUGCUAUGGGCUGAGGCUGAAGCACAUGAAGUCGGAUGAGAUCCACUGGCUGCACCCGCAGAUGACAGUGGGUGAGGUGCAGGACAAGUACGAGUGUCUGCACGUGGAAGCCGAGUGGAGGUAUGAUCUUCAAAUCCGCUACUUGCCUGAGGACUUCAUGGAGAGCCUGAAGGAAGACAGGACCACGUUGCUUUAUUUUUACCAACAGCUCCGAAGUGACUACAUGCAACGCUACGCCAGCAAGGUCAGCGAGGGCAUGGCCUUGCAGCUAGGCUGUCUGGAGCUCAGGCGGUUCUUCAAGGACAUGCCCCACAACGCACUUGACAAAAAGUCCAACUUCGAGCUCCUGGAGAAGGAAGUAGGGCUCGACUUGUUUUUCCCAAAGCAGAUGCAGGAGAACUUAAAGCCCAAGCAGUUCCGGAAGAUGAUCCAGCAGACCUUCCAGCAGUACGCCUCGCUCAGGGAGGAGGAGUGCGUCAUGAAGUUCUUCAACACCCUUGCCGGCUUUGCCAACAUCGACCAGGAGACCUAUCGCUGUGAACUCAUUCAAGGAUGGAACAUCACUGUGGACCUGGUCAUCGGCCCUAAAGGCAUCCGCCAGCUGACAAGUCAAGAUACAAAGCCCACCUGCCUGGCUGAGUUCAAGCAGAUCAAGUCCAUCAGGUGCCUCCUGCUGGAGGAGGGCCAGGCAGUGUUGCAGCUGGACAUCGAAGGCGCCCCCCAGUCCUUGUCCAUCAAAACCUCCUCUCUGGCAGAAGCUGAGAACAUGGCUGACCUCAUAGACGGUUACUGCCGGCUGCAGGGGGAGCACAAAGCCUCUCUCAUCAUUAAUUCCAGGAAAGAUGGUGAGAAACGGAACAGCCUGCCCCAGAUCCCUGUGCUAAACCUGGAGGCCCGGCGGUCCCAGUUCUCAGAAAGCUGCAGCAUAGAAUCAGACAUCUACGCCGAGAUUCCGGAUGACACUCUGCAAAGGCUAGGAGGCCCACAGUAUGGCAUCGCCCGGGAAGAUGUGGUUCUGAACCGUAUUCUUGGGGAAGGCUUUUUUGGGGAGGUCUACGAAGGUGUUUACACAAAUCACAAAGGGGAGAAAAUCAAUGUAGCUGUGAAGACCUGCAAGAAAGACUGCACCCUGGACAACAAGGAGAAGUUCAUGAGUGAGGCAGUGAUCAUGAAGAAUCUGGACCACCCGCAUAUUGUGAAGCUGAUAGGCAUCAUCGAAGAGGAGCCCACCUGGAUCAUAAUGGAAUUGUAUUCCCACGGGGAGCUGGGCCACUACCUGGAGCGAAACAAGAACUCCCUGAAGGUGCUCACCCUCGUGCUGUACUCGCUGCAGAUCGGGAAGGCCAUGGCCUACCUGGAGAGCAUCAACUGUGUGCACAGGGACAUCGCCGUCCGAAACAUCCUGGUGGCCUCCGCGGAGUGUGUGAAGCUGGGGGACUUCGGCCUCUCCCGCUACAUUGAGGACGAGGACUAUUACAAAGCCUCUGUGACUCGUCUGCCCAUCAAGUGGAUGUCACCUGAGUCCAUUAACUUCCGCCGCUUCACCACGGCCAGCGACGUCUGGAUGUUUGCCGUGUGCAUGUGGGAGAUCCUGAGCUUUGGGAAGCAGCCCUUCUUCUGGCUGGAGAACAAGGAUGUCAUCGGGGUGCUCGAGAAGGGCGACCGGCUGCCCAAGCCCGACCUCUGCCCACCGGUUCUCUACACCCUCAUGACCCGAUGCUGGGACUACGACCCCAGUGAGCGGCCCCGCUUCAGCGAGCUUGUGUGCAGCCUCAGUGACGUUUAUCAGAUGGAGAAGGACAUCGCUGUAGAGCAGGAGAGGAACGCUCGCUACCGCCCUCCCAAAAUCUUGGAGCCCAUAGCCUUCCAGGACCCCCCACCCAAGCCCAGCCGACCCAAGUUCAGACCCCCUCCGCAAACCAACCUUCUGGCUCCCAAGCUGCAGUUCCAGGUCCCCGAGGGUCUGUGUGCCAGCUCACCUACGCUCACCAGCCCUAUGGAGUAUCCAUCUCCCGUAAACUCGCUGCACACCCCACCUCUCCACCGGCACAAUGUCUUCAAGCGCCACAGCAUGCGGGAGGAGGACUUCAUCCGACCCAGCAGCCGGGAAGAGGCCCAGCAGCUGUGGGAGGCCGAAAGGCUCAAGAUGCGGCAGAUCCUGGACAAGCAGCAGAGGCAGAUGGUGGAAGACUACCAGUGGCUGAGGCAGGAGGAGAAAUCCUUGGACCCCAUGGUUCAUAUGAAUGACAAGUCCCCAUUGACCCCAGAGAAGGAGAUUGGCUACACAGAGUUUACGGGUCCCCCACAGAAGCCACCGCGGCUGGGUGCGCAGUCUAUCCAGCCUACAGCCAACCUGGAUCGGACUGACGACAUGGUGUACCUCAAUGUCAUGGAGCUGGUGCGGUCUGUGCUGGAACUCAAGAAUGAGCUCUGUCAGCUGCCCCCCGAGGCCUACGUGGUGGUGGUGAAGAACGUGGGCCUGACCCUGCGGAAGCUCAUCGGGAGUGUGGACAAUAUCCUGCCUUCCUUGCCGUUGUCUUCACGGACAGAGAUCGAAGGGACCCAGAAACUGCUCAACAAGGACCUGGCAGAGCUCAUAAACAAGAUGCGGCUGGCCCAGCAGAACGCCGUGACCUCCCUGAGCGAGGAGUGCAAGCGGCAGAUGCUCACGGCCUCCCACACCCUGGCCGUGGACGCCAAGAACCUGCUCGAUGCCGUGGACCAGGCCAAGGUCCUGGCCAACCUGGCUCACCCGCCUGCGGAGUGACGGAGGGUGGGCGCCUUCUGCCUGCGUCUUCUGCCCCCGCCUGUCGUGUACCUCCCUUGCCCCUGGCCCCUGCCUUGCCUUCGGUCACGUGGGCCCUCUCAGGGGGGAGGCCGAGGGGAGUCCUUCCCUUGCCACUUUGCACGACCCCCUUCCCCCACCCGACCCCCAGACAGUGCUGCUCAGGUUGCAGCUGGACAGAGGGGACGAGGGCUGUAGAAUGCAGGGGUGACAAAGAGGGUUCAGAGGGAGUGCAGCCGCCACUGGCCACUCCCUCCUCAUACCCGCCUGGCCUGUUGGGGGUCCUGCUGAGGCCCCUAGAGGCCACGAUGGCUUGAUGCAUGGACAUUGCAGGCCAUUUGGGAAGCAAGCUGUCCCUCCUUCCUCUUCUGCCUACGGAAGUCCCCCGUGCAGAGGGGCCAGAGAGGGGCUCCCUUUUGCAGGGUGGACAGUUGGUGAGGUGAGGGAUGGACCUGGCUUUCUUGUACAGUGUAUAUUGGAAUUUAUUUAAUGUGAGCAUGGUCCAGACUGACAGCCACGUGCCCCCUGGAGUGGGGACUGGGGACACAGUCCAGCAACAAGCUAUUGGGAGACUGGGCACAAGACACUGUGUGGUCAACAUGCCGAUGUCGAGGAGAAGGGGAGUUGAGGCCAAACAGGACUUGGACCACAAUCCGCUUCCUUCCUCACACCCACCCACUUUUCUCGUUCUUUCCUUAUUUUUGCCCCCUCCUCUCUUCCUCUUCUCUUCCCCCUUCUCCUCUUAUCUCCCCCUUUCUCAUCAGCUCCCCCCGUCCUUCUCUCUGGUGUUCGUGCUCAACACCCUUUACGUUCUUUCUAUUUGACUUGUGGAUGAAUUAAAAUUGUAUUAUUUGCUUUG